AGUCCAAAAUUUACACUUUUCGAAAUCAAAAUUUUGCACACAUAUAUAUUUGUUAAUCUAUUCGUUUAAGUAAAAAACAUCCAAAAAUAUUGGCCAUUUCUUGUCAGUGUUAGUACCACGGUAGGAACAACGAACCAGGGACACACUGUGCUUUAAUUUUCUUUAAACUAUCGGCAAUCGAUUUGUGUUGAACAGUGCUGCCAUACCUGUUGCAACAUCAGUCUUAUCUUCUGGCAACACUAAUACACAGGCGCCGCGAGCGCAUUCCACCAUUUUCCACCAAAAAAAAAUCAUACGAAGAAAAAUAAAGAAAAUACAAUUGCGUCGUACAACAAAGAGUCCACCCAAAGAAGAAGAGGAACUUGAAUUUUCAUGAAAAGACCCGAAAUAUAGUGGGAGAACAAGCUGGAACAACAACCAAAUCAACCACUUUGUUGAGCCUGAGUGUGGGUGAAGGUGAAGGAGAGGUGGCAGAGAGUCUAAGCACCAGGGGUUUUUGAUUGGAGAGAGGGGGAGGCAAGCAGCUGAGACUGAUACUUCCGUAAUCCCGGACAGGUGAAGAUGAGUAUGGUGCGUAGGAUUAUAUUACUGGGCCCUAAAUACGGCAUCUGGGCAAAGGGAACCAAUGUCAAUCACAGACAACACAGAGCAAAAUGUGUAAUUUUGGGCACUCCAAUUGGAGGAGGAGCAAGUGGAGGCAGCAGCAGCGGUAGCUGUCGACAAUUUCAUUUAGCAACUAAUCAUUGUUCUGCUAGCAGACAAAUUGUUCUGGAACCAGCCUGGGCCAUUCCAGCGUACAUAGAUGUGACCAAUGGCACCACCACUUGGGAUGAAUCGGAAGGGCCCACCAGUAGAUCUGCAUCGGGCACCAGUACUACAAAAGCUGGCGGACCUGUUGGUUCUGGUUCUAAUGGUGGAUCACCAACAAGUGGUGGUAAUCCGCCAAGUGGAACGGGCAAUGGCAACGGCGGCUCUGGAGGCGGCGAUAAAUUACUUUCGUGUCCAAAAUGCGGCAGCGCCUGCACACAGGUGGAGACAUUUGUUAGCUCCACAAGAUUUGUCAAGUGCGCCAAGUGCAAUUAUUUCUUCGUGGUCCUCUCCGAGGUAGAGACGAAACAGCGUGUCAAGGAUGAGCCAAAGAAUCAACGUAAACCACCGCCCCCGCCUCAAAAGAUCAUGGAAUAUCUGGACAAGCAUGUCGUGGGUCAAGAGUUCGCCAAGAAGGUCUUGGCCGUAGCCGUUUACAAUCACUACAAGCGCAUCCAUCAUAAUCUGCCCCAGACGCAACAACAACCGCAGCAACAACAGCACGGCGGGGGAUUGGACGGCAUACCCAGGCCAGAUUUGUUGCAUAUAACCGGCAUUGGCCACACGCUUAACAGUACACCGGGCAACGAAUUACCCCCAAAGUCUCCAGCUCAAAUGGGUGGCUUAAGCGGCAGCGGCAUGGGUGGCUCUGGUCUUAGUGGCGCGAUUGGUGUCGGAGCGACCACGAGGAACGGCAGCGGUGGUGACCAUCGCACCGGCUCCGAAAUUCUCGACAGACAAUCCAACGAUGUCAAACUCGAAAAGAGCAACAUUAUUAUGCUAGGACCUACGGGUUCAGGGAAAACUCUUAUUGCCCAAACAAUUGCUCGCUGCCUAGAUGUUCCUUUUGCCAUCUGCGAUUGCACCACUCUCACCCAGGCUGGCUAUGUGGGCGAGGACAUUGAGAGUGUCAUCUCCAAGCUGUUGCAAGAUGCCAACUACAAUGUAGAACGAGCUCAGACAGGUAUUGUCUUUCUUGAUGAGGUGGACAAAAUCGGCGCCGUUCCAGGCAUUCAUCAAUUGAGGGAUGUGGGUGGUGAAGGUGUCCAACAGGGUAUGCUCAAGAUGCUCGAAGGCACAGUGGUGAAUGUGCCUGAAAGGAAUUCACCCCGAAAACUGAGAGGUGAAACCGUCCAGGUGGAUACCACAAAUAUAUUAUUCGUGGCUUCUGGAGCCUAUACGGGAUUGGAUCGCCUUAUAGGAAGGAGGCUCAACGAAAAGUAUUUGGGCUUUGGUAUGCCAUCAUCAAGCGGCUCUGGACGAAGAGCUGCUCAAUCAGCUGCCACUCCAAUGGACAACGAUCAGGAAGAGCGUGACAAAUGCCUCACCAAAGUACAGGCGCGUGAUCUCGUGGAGUUUGGCAUGAUACCUGAAUUUGUUGGUCGUUUUCCCGUAAUUGUGCCUUUCCACAGCCUCAAUAUAAAUAUGCUAGUGCGUAUCCUAACCGAACCACGAAAUGCUCUGGUGCCACAAUACAAAGCAUUGCUCGGACUAGAUGAAGUCGAUCUGACAUUCACAGAGGAUGCUGUUAAAUCAAUAGCCACAUUAGCCAUGGAAAGGCACACAGGAGCUCGUGGUCUGCGGUCCAUUAUGGAACAACUGCUGCUGGAUCCCAUGUUCAUAGUGCCCGGCUCAGAUAUACGAAGAGUUCACAUUACCGCCGAUUAUGUUAAAGGCAACUCGACGCCAGUUUAUACCCGCGAAUCUGAUGAUUUAACGGCAAAAGGUACUAGCGGCAGUGCCACAGAAUCCGAUGAUAAUGACAAAAACUUUGAGGAUAGCGAGAAAUCUAUUGCAACUGAUACGUUGAUUGGUUCGUCCUAGCAUAUGCCCAAUCCACUUAUUUUUUCAUUAUGAAUAAUGUACGACAAUAUAUAUACAUAUGUAACCCCGGCCGCGCCCUUACCCGCCCCCUACAUUAUGCAUCUGUGAUUCUUGAUCGACGAGCAGCGCGCAA